AACUUCACAGGAUACAUUUCUUCAACAUUCUGCAAUGCCAGUUCCCUUUAUGUGCUCGAUUUGGCUCACAACAAUUUGACAGGUAUGAUUCCACAAUGCCUGGGAACAUUAACUUCUCUUAAUGUAUUGGAUAUGCAAAUGAACAACCUCUAUGGAAGCAUUCCUAGAACCUUUACCAAAGGAAAUGCAUUUGAGACUAUAAAGUUGAAUGGCAACCAAUUGGAAGGACCAUUACCACAAUCUUUGGCUAACUGUUCAUAUCUUGAAGUUUUGGACCUUGGUGACAACAACGUUGAGGAUACAUUUCCUGAUUGGCUAGAAACUCUACCAGAGUUACAGGUGAUAAGUUUACGAUCAAAUAAUCUUCAUGGUGCAAUCACCUGUUCUAGCACCAAGCAUACAUUUCCCAAGUUGAGAAUUUUUGAUGUCUCUAACAACAAUUUUAGUGGGCCCUUGCCAACAUCAUGCAUCAAGAACUUUCAAGGAAUGAUGAAUGUGAAUGACAAUAACACUGGUUUGCAAUACAUGGGUGACUCUUAUUACUACAAUGAUUCUGUUGUGGUCACAGUGAAAGGUUUUUUCAUUGAGCUAACAAGGAUAUUGACUGCUUUCACAACUAUUGAUUUAUCAAAUAACAUGUUUGAAGGUGAAAUUCCACAAGUCAUUGGAGAAUUAAAUUCUCUCAAAGGACUUAAUCUUUCAAAUAAUGGAAUCACAGGUAGCAUUCCACAAUCUUUGAGUCAUUUGAGAAAUUUGGAGUGGUUGGACCUCUCAUGCAACCAAUUGACGGGUGAGAUUCCUGAGGCUUUGACAAAUUUGAACUUCCUCUCAGUCUUAAACCUUUCACAAAACCAUCUUGAGGGAAUCAUACCUAAAGGUCAACAGUUUAAUACAUUUGAAAAUGAUUCUUUUGAAGGAAAUACAAUGUUGUGUGGAUUCCAAUUGUCUAAAUCAUGCAAAAAUGAGGAAGAUCUGCCACCUCAUUCAACAUCUGAAGAUGAAGAAGAAUCCGGAUUUGGCUGGAAAGCUGUGGCAAUUGGAUAUGGAUGUGGGGCAAUAUCCGGGUUCCUCUUGGGAUAUAAUGUAUUCUUCUUCACUGGUAAACCUCAAUGGCUUGUUAGAAUUGUUGAAAACAUGUUUAACAUAAGACUGAAAAGAACAAACAACAGAUACUGUGCAAAUCGCAGAAGAAUGAAUUAAUUUGAUGUUUGUAUUUUCAAAUAUGUAGUUACAGCUGUUUGUAAUUAUAUACUAUAUCUUUUAAUACCAGUUUAUUAUAUA